AUGUUGCUGACUGAUCCUUCCAUCAUCGAUAUUAAUAUUUCCUAUCCUUCAACACAACGUCUAUCAAUACAUGUACAUGUAGCCAUUGCAACAUCCGCAGCAAUGGGGUCAUCAGCAUCGAAAACGGCCAAGGCAGCUGGCUCAGCAGCUCGCCAAUACCCCAAUCGUCCCUCGGGCACAACCCAGAGACCAGCACCAACGACAACCACGAAUGCGCCGCCGCCCCCGCCUCCGCCUCCAGCAGCACAACGCCAACCAGGUCCUACAGUCAAGCCCCAGCCAUACGCCAGCGGCGAUCGAUCCGAGGCAAUCAACCUCGAUGCCUCAGACCCGGACUUUGCCCAGUCACUUCGAUCCAUCGGACCAGUACAGCCCAAUCCGACUCUGUCUCCCACAUCAGCUUUCACCACCCAACCUGGAGGAGCUCGACCUCAUGCGCCGAAUCCUCGAAACAAUCCUGCCAUCACAGUACUGCACUCGCGAGCAAAGUUGCAGGAGGCGGCCGACGCAGAAUUUGAGCAGGCGGGGAUUCGAGGACAUCAAGGACGACAGUUUCUGGAUGUCUACCAGAUUCGGCAGAUACUGCAGUUUAGGGAUGAGAGGGGCAUGAAGCACUCGGAGAUUGAGAGGAGGCUUGGUCUGAAGGAAGGAGCCGUGGCACGAUUGGGAGCGGCGGGUGUGGUGGAGCUGGCACAAGAGCAGGGACGAGCAGAGAGGGACAUUAGGAUGGUAUGA